UCGGCAUGUGAUGUGAGUAUUAUUGUGGCCCCCAGGGCUUCCAAAGUUGAGUAGCCCUGCACUACAUCAACCUAAACAAUAUCCCUCUCACAGAGGUGGAGUUAAGUGUCCACACAGACACUGUGCUUACAUCACCUUUGGCAGCUGGAGCCCUCUCAACUUUGGCUGUCAAUUUGAGGAAAAGAGGCUCUGGUUGUCAGUGCCCCACAAGACCCCACUAAAGUCAGUGUAAGUGCUUCUGGUGAUCAUAUGCACCACCUACAGGAGUGCAGUAUGGAUACUAAGGACUGAUUUAAUUACUGUGGUGGCUAUAGAUUGACCUACUGUUAAUUUUGUAGCAUGUACUCGCCCUUUAACAGGCAUAAGUACCUGACAGUAAAGCUGAUUGUAAAAGUGACUUCUCACCUUUGCAUAAAGAAAAGCCCCACAAUAUCCAACAAGGCUAAGUCACAGAUUCUAAAGUCAGUAGAUACCAUUGUGAUCAUUCAGUCUGACCUUCUGUGUAAUACAAGGCAAAUGCUUUCUUGGAGAUCAUGUCCAUAAACUUGUACUGUAAUAGCCAGGGUUGUCCCUACGUGGGUGCAGGGCCCAGGACAAACUCCCCCUCUGCCUCAAGCUCCUUCCAGCCCCCAUUCCCACCCUUUCUCUGUCCUCCUACCCCAAGCGAUGUAUGGGACCUGGUGCUGGAAAUGUUUUGGGCCCGCCCCUGCACUGUCCAGCAACAGCGGGGAAACUGAGUGCCCUAGUCCCAGUGUGCUCCGCUCUGCUGGCUUUCAGCUGUGUUGCUCUGUUUCCCAUCACCACCAGUGAGUGUGAAGGGUGGGGCGGUUCCACCUUUUCCCUCAGACAAGAUGACUGGGAGCAAAGCAGUCAGGGGCUAGAUAGCUCCGUUUCCUGCCACCACUGGUGAAUGCAGGUCAUUCACCAUACCUGCUGUCAGCACAAGUCUCCCCAACUCCCAUGGCCCCCCCCGAAGUGCAGGACCUGGGGUGGUUGCCCCAAACCAUCCUAUAGAUCUGAUUAUAGCAAGUCAGUGCCAGUUGCCUCCAGUGCUAGGUAUCCUGCAUGAGAAGGAAAAGUGUGUACACUGUAUACAGUCAUAACUUUUAGAAAUUCACUCUUGUGAUUGCUUUCUCCUGUUGAAACUGCAGUUCCGAAGUUUAGUAAUGUAGGAUGUUUUAUGAAAGGCAGAGCGCGAAAACAAGUGGAUUUGCUCAACCAGAAAUAACGGGAGAUUUUAACUCAGCCAUUCACUGCUUUCUUCCCUGUGACUGUUCCUAGCUUCCUCACCACAUGUCAGCAGCAGCUGUGCUGCAACAUUACUCCGUGACAGAUGAAGCUCAUCUCUUCCUCUAAAAUGGUAGCACUUGUAUAAGCCACACGUUUCUCAAGGUUAAUAUUUUUGGGGAGUCUGGAGUGUUUGUUUUGCAUCGCUGCCUGCUUGGCAUGCUGUCAUGAUGGUUAAGUGGCAUGCAUCCCUGUUUCCUCCCGGUUCCCUCAUACUUCAGUUCACGUUUCAUUGUGGCACAUUGUUGUUUCCUUCCAACCCAGAGGGGCAAAAUUCCUGUAGCGCUAGCUUGGAUCUUAAACAGGGAGCAUGCUGCUCAGCCAGCAUCUGUUCACGACUAGAACUGUGGACGCAAGCUCCUCACUGAUUACUGAACUGGAUGCAAGUGUUUGGCCCUCUUACUGAAAACAGUAAACUGUAUUUGACUUGUUUUUAUUAAUGUGCUAGAAGUAGUUAGGCGUUCAACAAUUUUAUGUAAACUUCCCAUCAUAAAUGUCCUGUAUCCGGAUGCUGGUUCACAUUAUAUGCUAGGUUGGUUACGUAGAUGAGAAGGACAGUACCCAAAAUAUUUUAAGUGUGUAAUUCCCUAUCUUUAAUUGUUCUGUGUGUCAUGACAAAGCUCUCUAAUGGAGACCCUUAAUCAUUUUCUAAAACCUGUUCAAGUUUUCAUCCAAGUGUAAGGAAGGUAUAAUAUGUAACUUGUUAUCCUUUCAUUUCUAACUAGGUAAGUACAAUUUCAGGUUGAUGCUGACAUUAGCUUUAGCCUGUAGUCACCUUGUAUAUUUACAGUUGAGUUUUGAAAUAGUGUAUGUAUAUGAGCAUUCUGUUGGGGCCCUAUUUUUGAAUGUUGAGUAGCUUUCAGGAAUUAGGCCAAAGCGAAAAGGAUAUACUUCAUAGCAGUUUCCAGAAGCUCCUCCCAAUUCUAGCAUGUCCAGUUUGUGCUUCUCUGUUGAGCAGAUUGUAUAGUUCUGUCAGCUGUUUGAGUGAGUGCUGUGCAGUAGUCAGUCCUCUCAAUAAUGCAUGGAAUUAAUAGAGGUUGCUGUUUUGCACCAGAAAUUACAGUGGGGAACAGAUGAUAAAAUUAAACAACUUGGUCAUAGUUCCAUGCUGUGUAAUGGAGGAGUACUGACACAAAAAUAGAGUACCUGGAAAAAAUUACAGUGCUAUUAAAAGUGAGCAGGAUGGAUGGUGCUCCCUGACUGGGUUCAUGUUGGGGAAAGGUCUAAAACGCAAGCUGAGUGACUAUGAGGAGAACAUGGCUGAUCUCUCGAGUGCUUUUGAUUCCAGUCGAAAUCUGCCGUAUCCACUUAAGAGGCAGUUAGUGCUGAAUAUGUGCCUCACCAAGUUACAAACUUACAAAAUGCUGGUGGAACCAAACUUACACCGAUCUGUGCUCAUAGCUAACACAGUAAGGCAGAUUCAGGAAGAGAUGAGACAAGAGAGUAGUCAGCAGCCAAUUAAUGUGUGCAAUGGCAUUGCCUCCCAUUCUCUCAGCUACCCAGGAAUUGAUUCACCUGGAAUUUCUUUACAUUUGCCUUCAGGUAGUAACCAGCCAGAGUCUAACUGUUGCAGCUCGUGGUCUGGAGAAGGCCCAAUUGAAAAUAGCCUGCUGAUGGUUUCAGAUGAUGACAUGUCAUCUGCCAUUUCAUCUAUUCUGAAGGAUUUGGACUUCAUGGAAGAUAUAAGCCCACCUUCUUGUUUGGCUCCUGCUGGAGAUGAGCCAAAGCUGCCUGAAAAUGCAUGUCUAAAACCAGAAGAAGUGCGACAAGAUUUGAAAGGAGCUGAAUGUGUAUUUGGUUCCUUUGAAAUUUCAAAUUCAACUAGUUACUUAAAAGAUUUGGCUAUAGAUGACAUCUUUGAAGAUAUUGACACUUCGAUGUAUGAUUCAGACUUCUGCUCUGCCCCACUAAUGGCAUCUAGAACACCACCUACUGCUACAGAAGAAACAUUGAAAACCUUCCCAUCUUGCAAUUCUUCCUCAACAACCAAUAUUCAGAUAUGUAGACCAGAUCUGAGUGAGUUGGACCAUAUCAUGGAAAUUCUUGUUGGAUCUUGAUAUUUAUUUUUAACCAAAGAGACUGUACUGCCACUUAAUAUUGGUUUGGGAAUAUAGCCACUGAGAGAGCUGCGAGGAAUUUCUUUUUAAAGAAAACACAAUUGCCCAUGAGUAAUUCUUACAAUGUCUCUGUUAUAAAUCAAAAAAGCGGCAGUUUUUAAAAUUAAAUUAUUUAUUUAUCAAAUCGUGCAAUCAUCUUUUUCCUUCCAGGGGUGCAUGGGGGGUGUGUGUGUGUGUGUGUGUGUGUGUGUGUGUGUGUGGACCUAAAAAUGUAUGCACGUAUCCUUCCCCUCCACCCUUCAUCACACGUGAAUAAAUGUUUAUGUGCAAUUUUUAAUUUGUCAGAAGCUUUUACAUACAAAGUGAAUUUCAUAUGGGAAUCACUUAUGAAGCCUAAAUUUUAUUUUUAAUAUUUAAAUACAUGACAAGUUGGUAUACAUUGGAGUUGCAUAUUUGGAUUGUGCAAAUCCAUCCGCAUUACUAGAAAAAUGUGUAUAUAUAUUUUAAAAAUAAAACAAAUUUCACUUCCCUUUGGUUGGAAAAACAGCCUCAAGACACUUGGUGAAGUAUCUUGCAUUUUCUAAAGCAUUCAAAACUAUUUAUUUUUAUAAAUUUUAUAAUCUUUCUACAUUUUACUACGUUACUUCAUCGUAGUUGAACUAUAAUGUAUUUCUAGCUGGAUGUGGCUAGCACUACCUCUAUAAGCUGAAAUGCUUUAACUCUUUUCAGUGCUUUGUCUCUCACUGCAGGGUUUUUUCCUUUUUGUUUCAUCCUUGGUAUUUUUCUGGUGUGUUUGGGGGAUGGGACGGAACACGCUUUUAAUUAAUUAGAAUCUUUGUUUUACAGUGACCUAGCUGAUUUGUGAAAUUAAGGGUAUUAAAUGUUUAAAAUUUCUACAAGUAUUUGCAAAUGUAAUUUAUAUGUAUAUUGUCCAAUUUAACAUUUUCUGUCAGUAUUAUGUGCUUAGAUUUUAAAUAAUCUUGGCAUUCUUUAAAUUAGCAUUUACUGUACAGAUAGCUUUUCUAUUUAGAGAAUGCUGUAUGUCUUCAGUUCCUUUCACUACAAAGCUUUUUUUAUGUGCACUAUUACUUACACAUUUGCACAGAUGACAUUGUAGAAAGAAACUUUCUUUAAAUUUAAACGUGUGAAGUAGCAUCUUGGGAGUGGUACUUGAAAAGCCAGUGUGUAUCCUCUUCAGAAGUGAGUUGAGCAUUUCUCAGAGUACCAUCGCUUACUGUUUUGAAUACUCCUGAAAUGUUAUUUUAAAUGUGGUGGGUCAUUGCUGAUGACGAAGCACUGUCUUGUGAGAGCUGGGGAAGUGGGAAGUGGUCAGCUCAUUCACAUGCAGCUGCAGGAUGGGGGGCCUCAGUGUAUUGAAACAAUUUCAGAUAUGGUACAGAAGGGUUUAGCUGUUUUUUCUUUAAUCUAUUGAAGAUGAGGCUUGUCGUGAGAACUGUUUUUCCAUGUGAUAAUAGGAAAUAAUUUUUCAAUUUAGGCUGAAGUCUUUAUUAACUUCUGGAGUGGCUUUCUAAAUUGAGACACUAGUUUUCCAUUGAAACUGUAAAAUUGUUUCAAUACAUCUAUUAAAGCUGUAGUACAUUUAGGAUAAAGUUUGUGGCCAGCUUUAAAACCUUCUGUAGUUCAUGGCAGGGUUGCCAUGUCAUUCUUUCAGCUAGUAGCAGAAACUUAGCAGCAAUAAUGUCCCUUUUAGAUAAAUGUAACUUGCUCAGUUUUUUAAUAUAAACUCACUCGUGUUCACGUCAGUGUCUUUUACUCAGAUCACUGCUCAGAUCCCUCCAACACCCCUCAGUGUUUUUUUAAAGUGUUUUGCUUUUGUUACAUUUGUCCUUCAAUUUUUUUGUGAGUUCAGUAUCUAAGAAGCUGAAGAGCAAGAAAACAUGCCCUAAGUGUUGUACCUCAAACAAGGGAUGAAGUCCUGGUCUUGUAGAAAUCAGUAGCAGUUUUACUAUUAACUUCAGCUGGGCCAGGAUUUCACCCAGGAUUUUAAUCUUAAAUAUACUGCAGCAUCAGUUCUCCUGUGCUAAAAUACUCUAUUUCAGAGGUCCUCCGUUGAUAGUCUGUUGUCCCCAAAACCCACUAUAGGUCACGUUCUCUCAGCUACCCAAAUUGUUUGGCAACUGAAGGGUAUAAAUAUAUGUGCUCACUGUUAAUGACUCUAAUAAUUAAAUCUAGAACUUCUGAUGGUAUAAAAUGUUCUAAAUUAUUGGAUACAGGAUUAGUUUGAAAAUUGUAUAGUUACUGAGAGAGUACCGCUUCAGAAUGUACACAGACUGCAUUGUGUAUAGACUACUCUGGCUUUUCCUCAGUCUCCCUUUUUGUAUGUAAAGAUAUGCCUGAAUAAAUCCUUGAAAUAUUACUGUCCUUCCGCACUGUGAUAAAGCAGAAUUGUGAUUAAAAAUAUCUUUAAUUUUGGUCACGGGAAUAAAAAAUACUUUUAUCUAAUUUCUUGUAUGCAUUUGGAAAUGUGGAAUUUGACAAAGCAGUAAAUAUCACCCUUUUGUUUGUCAUUAACAUGAUUGCUACAUUGUGUGAAUUUAAUAUCCAUAUGUUCAUGUUUACUACCCAGCUCUGCAGAAACAUAAGACAUCAGGGGAAUUAACUUUAUAUGCAACUGCUGUAAACUAUUUUUUAUAUAUUUUGGUAACUGAUAUAAAUGAUUGAAUACAGUGAGGCUACGU